CUCUCACGUGUUGCAGCGCCACAGGUUUGCUACCUGUCUUUGCGUGACAGCAGUGGGCUCGCGCACAGCACAGGCUCGCGCUCAGCGCUCUGCGCUCAGGAACGCGCGGAAACGCGAGUAGCGCUGAAUGGUUCCCGGUGUAGCCCCGCCCCCUGAGCCGAGCUCACACGUUUCCACAGUGUUAUCAAGUGCACUCGCGUCUGAACGGCGGAGAGAAUCAAAAGACGCUCGCUCUGCUUCUGUGUAAGUUCUCCAAACCCGGGUGUCGACCAUGCUGGACCCGUCCUCCAGUGAAGAAUCCGAGGCCGAACUUCCACCAGAGGAUGAAGCUGCGGUUAAAAGUCUGAGUGAAAAACUCCCGGAAAAGACGGAAAAAACCGAAAAGACCCCCGGAGCUGUGCGGACGCAGCAGAGCAAAAAAGCAGUUCCUCCUUCUCCUGAGGACGAGAAGAAAAGCGAGCAGGAAAGACUUCAGAGAGAAGAAGCGGAGAGGAAAACCAAACUGCAGAUUUAUGUGUUUGUACUGAGGUGCAUAGCGUAUCCUUUCAAUGCCAAACAGCCGACAGACAUGGCACGGAGACAGCAGAAGCUCAACAAACAGCAGCUACAGGCGGUGAAGGAGAGAUUUCAGGCCUUCCUUAAAGGAGAGACACAGAUUGUAGCUGACGAAGCUUUCUGCAAUGCCGUGCGCAGUUACUAUGAGGGUUUUCUGAAGAGUGAGCGUGUGACACGGAUGGUACAGAGUGGAGGCUGCUCAGCCAGUGAUUUCCGUGAGGUCUUCAAGAAGAACAUUGAGCGCCGUGUGCGUAGCCUGCCCGAGAUUGAUGGCCUGAGCAAAGAAACCGUGCUGAGCUCCUGGAUCACCAAGUACGACAUCAUUUUCAAGGGCGAGGAAGACCAGCGGCGGUCGCAAGGACGCAUGCCCUUCAGCGCGGUGUCCGAGCUCAUCCUCAGUAAGGAACAGCUCUAUGAGAUGUUCCAGCAGAUCUUGGGCAUCAAGAAAUUUGAGCAUCAGCUGCUCUACAAUGCUUGCCAGCUGGAUAAUGUUGAUGAGCAGGCAGCACAGAUCCGCAGAGAAUUGGAUGGAAGACUGCAACUCACGGACAGAAUUGCCAGACAGGAAAGGAAGUUCCCUAAGUUCAUAUCUAAGGACAUGGAGAUGAUGUAUGUGGAGGAGCUGAGGUCAUCAGUCAACCUGCUAAUGGCAAAUCUGGAGAGCCUUCCUGUAGCCAAAGACUUGAAGCCCAAAAUCAAGCCAAAACUCACUCCUAUGAACAGCUUCCUGGAUAUAGGAGAUGAGAAUGAUCUGCCACUUUCCAAAUCAGAUGUAGUGCUAUCCUUCACUCUGGAGAUUGUGAUCAUGGAGGUACAGGGGCUGAAGUCAGUGGCCCCUAACAGAAUAGUCUAUUGUACCAUGGAAGUAGAAGGAGGAGAAAAACUUCAGACAGAUCAGGCUGAGGCCUCCAGACCACAGUGGGGCACGCAAGGAGACUUCACCACCACCCACCCACUGCCUGUGGUCAAAGUGAAGCUGUUUACUGAGAGCACAGGUGUCCUGGCUCUGGAGGACAAAGAGCUGGGCAGGGUGGUAUUGAACCCUACAACAAAUGGGCCGAAAACUGCAGAGCUGCACAAGAUGAUCAUCCCUAAAAACAGCCAGGAUGUAGACCUGAAGAUUAAACUGGCUGUGCGUAUGGACAAACCACCAAACAUGAAGCACAGUGGGUACCUCUAUGUACUGGGGCAGAGAGUGUGGAAACGAUGGAAGAGGCGAUAUUUUGUUCUUGUUCAGGUUAGCCAGUACACAUUCGCCAUGUGCAGCUACAGAGAGAAAAAAUCAGAGCCACAUGAGCUCAUGCAGCUGGAUGGAUACACAGUAGAUUAUUCUGAUCCACAGCCCGGUCUUCAGGGAGGCCAAGUCUUUUUUAGUGCAGUCAAGGAGGGGGAUUUGGUGGUAUUUGCCACGAAUGAUGAACAAGACCGAACGCUGUGGGUGCAGGCGAUGUAUCGCGCCACAGGCCAGUCCUACAAACCAGUACCUCCUGCACAGAACCAGCAGCACAACUGCAGAGGGGGGAGUAUCCAGAAAGAUGCCCCUGCUUCAUUACUCAGUUUGGAGAGGGCAGGAGUCGAGGAGCUCAUCUCUGCCGUUCCCUGCAGCUUCAAUCACGCAAACCUGUUUCAAAUGCUGCAGAAACACACACUCCACCACCGCAUGAAUGACUCCUUCUCCUGCCUGGGAUGGUUCAGCCCAGGCCAGGUGUUUGUUCUGGAUGAGUACUGUGCUCGGUAUGGCGUGAGAGGCUGCCAUCGCCACCUCUGUUACCUGAAAGAACUGAUGGAAUUCUCAGAGAACAAUGCGUUGGUGGACCCCACCCUCCUCCAUUACAGCUAUGCCUUCUGCGCGUCUCAUGUCCAUGGGAACAGACCUGAUGGAAUGGGUACCAUCACAGAAGAGGAACAGGAGGAGUUUGAAGAGAUAAGGGUCAGGCUGCUGACUCUGUUGGAGAAACAGAUUACACAUUUCAGGUACUGUUUCCCCUUUGGACGCCCAGAGGGGGCUCUAAAAGCCACACUGUCACUUCUAGAACGGGUUCUUAUGAAAGACAUCACCACACCAGUCCCUGCUGAGGAGAUGAAGAAGAUUGUUCAGAAAUGUUUGGAAAAGGCUGCACUCAUCAACUACACCCAGCUGACUGAUUACGCCCAGUUUGAAGCCGACUGCCCUCAAGUGCCCCCAGAGAAGAGGCUAGAAGACAUGAUGCGCCUGGGGGAGCUGUGUAUGGAGGUGCUCCAGCAGAAUGACGAACAUCAUUCUGAGGCUUUCUCCUGGUGGCCUGAAGCAAUGGCAGAGCAUGCUGAAACGUUCUUGUCCCUCUACACAGUAGACAUGGAUGCAGCUCUGGCGGUGCAGCCACAGGACUCCUGGGACAGCUUUCCUCUCUUUCAGCUGCUCAACAAUUUCUUGCGUACUGAUCCACACUUGUGCAAUGGAACAUUCCACAAGCACCUGCAGGAGCUCUACAUGCCUCUGGUGGUACGCUAUAUUGAUCUGAUGGAGUCCUCCAUCGCCCAGUCUGUCCAUCGUGGCUUUGAGCAAGAGACCUGGCAGUCUGUCAAGACUAUUACCAACAAUCUGCCAAGUGUGCCUUUGCCUAAAGUUCCCAACCUGCCCCUCAAUCUUCCUCAGAUGCCCAGCUUCUCCACCCCCUCCUGGAUUGGACCACUAUGUGAUAACACUAAUGGCUCAGCGACAUCAGAGGACCUGUUCUGGAAGCUGGACGCUCUCCAGAUGUUUGUAAUGGACCUGCACUGGCCGGAGCCGGAGUUUGCCAGACAUCUGGAGCAGAGGCUGAAGCUCAUGGCUAGUGAUAUGAUGGAGGCCUGUGUCAAAAGGACCAAAGCAGCUUUUGAUAUUAAGAUGCAGAAGUCAAGUAAGUCCACUGACUUCAGGGUGCCUUUGUCCGUCUGCACCAUGUUCAACGUUCUUAUGGAUGCUAAGAAACAGUACUCUAAGCUGUGUAUCCUCGACCAAGGCCAGGAGAUGGACCAACAGUGGCAACAGUACCAUUCUAAAAUUGAUGUCCUGAUCGAUGAGGCCUUUAAAGAAAUGAUCUCCUGCCUGGUUUCAAAGUUUGCUGCUGUUUUGGAUGGUGUGCUGUCCAAGCUUUCACGAUAUGAUGAAGGAACAUUUUUUUCUUCAAUCCUUUCUUUUACUGUAAAAGCAGCAGCCAAGUAUGUGGACGUCCCAAAACCUGGCAUGGAUCUAGCAGACACCUACAUUACAUUUGUGAGGCAAAACCAGGACAUCCUCAGAGACCGUGUGAAUGAUGAGAUGUACACAGAGAAAAUCUUUGGCCAAUGGUACAACACUUCCAUGAAAGCGGUGUGUGUUUGGCUUACGGACAGACUGGACCUGCAGCUCCAUGUCUAUCAGCUCAAAACCCUCAUCAAGAUAGUCAAGAAGUCCUACCGUGACUUCAGACUGCAGGGUGUCCUGGACAGCACCUUGAACAGCAAGAACUACGAGACCGUCUACAACCGGCUCACUAUAGAGGAGGCCACAGCCACUGUGUCUGCGGGAGACGGACUGCAGGGCAUCAGCAUGAGAGACAGUGAUGAAGAGGAGGGUUAACUUCAGUCCAUCAUUAUCAGAUUCGUCACUCUGGAUCAUGUUAGAUGUUUAUAUAAAACGCUUCACUGAGAGAAGCCAAUCUAAAGCUAUUUCUGUCCAUGCUACAGCACCUCUGUCCAAGCAUAACUGUACUGUUAUUACUGUGUGCCUGUACAAUAUAGUUCACUGACCACCCGCUGAUGGCUCACAUGUCUGUAUCUUUGUUAUAUUUCAUUUGAUGUUCAGUGAUUUGGUAAAUUAAUGUCCAACAAACCUGGCUAUAACUGUGUACACUAGAGGUGCUGCUAGAGGUGCUGAGGGCUAGACGUAGGUAAAAACCUGAACAACUAUAUAAAAACACAAAACGGCUUGUCUGUGGAUCUUAUCUUUGGUACAAAUGGGACCACAUAUAAGAAAGUUCUCAUAUGCGCUUUACACUGUGGCAUGAACAUUGCACACGCAGGUCCGAAGUCUGACACAGGAAUAAGAUGCUAGUGUUGUGUGAUAAUGUAACUGGUGACAUUAUUAUGAACUUCAGUUCUUCUGUAGAAUUAACAAUGAGUUGUGUUAAUUGUGUAUGUUUCUGUAUGUUGUUGCCUAGUUAUGUUUUACUUAAGAGAGAAUAUGUCAUUUAAUUGUAAGGGGAAGGUGUGUGUGUGUAUAUGUGUGUGUGUGUGUGUGUGUGUGUGUGAGAGAGAGAGAGAGAGAGAGAGAGAGAGAUAUUUCUAUUGUAUUUUGUGCACCUGAGUUUGAACAGGUGUGUUUGAAAUGUUAGAAUUAAAAGUGUUUUUAAUGUUUA